AUGGGAUCUAAUAUGCAAGUGGCUGUUAAAAUCUUCUUUGUUGCUUUUUGGGUAUCUUUCAUUACCCUAGCCGAAGAGCAAGAAUGUUUGAAAGCAAAUAUUGAGUUUGAGAAUACCCAGAAAAGUGAUCUUCUUGAAAGCUAUCUGAAUGAACAAAAAGUGAAACUGAGCUGUGCUAUCGGCUACGUUGGAUUUUUGAAGCUUCAAUGUAAAGAUGGUAAAUGGAAUCUAAUUGCAGGGAGAGAAUGCAAAAAAAGACCAUGUGGUCACCCAGGAGACACACCAAAUGGAGAUUUCAAACUUAUAAGAGAGUCAGAGUUUGUAUUUGGAGCUACAGUGGAAUAUACAUGCAGGACAGGGUAUAUUAUGGCCAGCAGAGUAAAUACUCGGAACUGUCGUAUCGAAGGGUGGGAUAAUGCCGUACCUGUCUGUGAAGUGGUGAAAUGCCCGAUAAUUAGCAAUUUAGGUGAUGUAAUUGCAACAGGCAACACUGAAGAAGCAAGUUAUGGUGACGUUAUCUACUUUGAGUGUGAAUCGCCUAACAAGAUGUUAGAGGGGCCAGAAAACAUACAUUGUAAAGAAAAUGGACAAUGGAGUGGCAUUAUACCAAAGUGUACAGAAAUAAAAUGUCAGCCACCUGAAAUACCACAUGCAUUUCCUAUCACUGAUGAGGUGUACAACAAAAAUGAUAUAUUAAAAUAUAGAUGUAAAACAGGGUACAAGCCCAGGCCUGGAAACCCUAAGUGCACAAAAUAUGGCUGGAGCGUAAAACCAGAAUGUGAAGAAAUUGUCUGUCUACUUCAAUCAUCUUCAAAUGAUGUUGCCGUCACAAACCCAAAAGGGAAAAAUAUAUUUCGAGUUGGAGAGUCUGUGGAGAUAAAAUGCUCACAAAAGUACUGGGUUUUAGGAACAAAGCAAAGAUCAAGAACAAUUAGAUGCAAAGAGAAUGGGAACUGGGAGUUCAACCCAGUGUGUGAAGUAAAAUGUGCAGAAGCUUCAGUACAAAAUGGGAUCAUAUCUGAAUGGGCCAAUGGAUUUUUCUACUCAUGUGACUCAGACUAUAAAGCAUUUGAUGAAAAAUGGUGGGGAAUGGUGACCUGCACUGAAGGUCAAAAAAGUGAUGCACCACUGUGUAUACCUCAUGAUCAGUGUGGUCAAAUACCCAAUGUUUAUGCAAAGCACAGUGAACGAAAGAAAGGGUCUGAGAAUGAAACAGUGGAGUUUGAAUGUGAAUCAAAGCAAUGUUGUUAUAAAUGUAUCAGUGGAAAUUGGAAAAAGCAAGACUGUGAAUGUAAGACAUUUUUAUGUGGCACUCCUCCUCAUGUUGAAAAUGCAGUUAUUGCUUCUCACAAUCACCAAUAUGUGGAAUACAAGUGUCGAGAAAAUUACAGAAUAAAUGGAAAACGGUUAAUAUUCUGUGAUAACUCACAGUGGAAAGAAUCACCAACUUGUGAACUGGGUGAAAAACACAGAUGCCCAUCUCCUGACCGAGAAAUAAAUAAUGCAACAAGAGUGAGCGCACAACUGAAAGCAUACUAUGAGGAAGGUGGCACAGUAACAUACAAGUGUAAAGAAGGCUUUCAAUUUGAGAGUGGGUCCGAGGCCACAUGUUCUGCAGAAGAAUGGAAUUACCCACGGUGCAUACAAUUGAGUGAAAAACACAGAUGCCCAUCUCCUGACCGAGAAAUAAAUAAUGCAACAAGAGUGAGCGCACAACUGAAAGCAUACUAUGAGGAAGGUGGCACAGUAACAUACAAGUGUAAAGAAGGCUUUCAAUUUGAGAAUGGGUCCGAGGCCACAUGUUCUGCAAAAGAAUGGAAUUACCCACGAUGCAUAUAA